UUCAGUUCGCGAUUUCCUCACGCCGUCACCCGUGCUCCAGUCCUGUUCAUGAAGAGUUCGCAGCCUCGCAGAGUCGCAGUCGCAGGACGAGCGGACCGGCGGCGGCGGAUCCCUCUUGUUCACAGCCUGCAGCCUUCAUCUUCGUGUCUACGUGAAGAGCCGAAGAGGUUGCCGGUUCGCCGCUGCCCUCUCUUUCCAGUUCCCGAUUUGCAGCCUUCUUCACUAUUUUGAAGAUCAUUGUUAGGCUUUUGAGAAAUGGAAAGAUUUUUGAAGCAAAAAGAACGUGUCGAGAUUGAUAUUGACAAUCUACCUGCUGAUCCUGGUCUUCGACCAUCCAUCUGGAGUUAUGAUGUAAAUGAUCGUGAUAGAAUUCGUACAGCUUAUUUGUUGAAGGGACCACAUCAACAAAAAAAUCAUCAAUUCCCUCAAACAAGGAUAGGAAAUAUUGCACGUAGAUUUAACUCAAAAUGGUUUGAAGACUUUCCUGAUUGGAUUGAAUAUAGUAUACAGAAAGAUGCAGUAUUUUGUCUUUAUUGCUACUUGUUUAAGCCUCAAGAGCAAGUUAAUACUAGCCGAGGCAGUGGAGACAUAUUUGUUGGUGAGGGUUUUAAGAACUGGAAGCAUAAAGAGAAGCUGUUGAGUCAUGUUGGAGAUCACAACAGUGCACACAAUAAGGCAAGACAGAAAUGUGAGUCUUUAAUGAAGCAUCAAGAGAAGAGCAUUCCUGAUUUAUGGUCGAGCAAGGAAGACAAGAAUAAAAAGGAAUAUCGCAUCAUGUUAACUGUAGCUGUUGAUUGUGUACGAUUCCUCAUUCGCCAAGGGCUAUCUUUUUCGUGGGCAUGAUGAGUCAUCUAGCUCGAAUAAUCAAGGAAAUUUCAUAGAAUUAUUUCAAUUUCUUGCAGAUCAUAAUGAAGAGAUAAAAAAGGUGACAUUUGAAAAUGCAAGUGCAAAGUUAAAGUUGAUUGCACCAAAAGUACAAAAAGAGAUCUGUAGUGCUAUGGCUGCUGAGACCUUGGGUGUAAUCUUGAAAGAUAUGGAUGAUUCUUACUUCACUAUUCUAGUUGAUGAGUCUCGCGAUGUUUCUAUGAAAGAACAAUUAGCUAUUGCAGUAAGAUAUGUAGACAAAUUGGGCCAAGUAAUUGAGAGAUUCAUUGGUAUUUGUCAUGUAUCUUCAAUAAAUGCAUUAGCACUCAAGGCAUCAAUUGAAGAGGUUCUUGCAAAACAUUCAUUAAGCAUAUACAGAAUACGUGGACAAGGCUAUGAUGGAGCAUCUAAUAUGAGGGGUGAGUUUAAUGGUUUGAAAGCAUUAAUUCUGAAAGAUAAUCCUCAGGCAUUCUAUAUUCAUUGUUUUUCUCAUUAGCUUCAAUCGAGUUGAUUUAUUCUACACUGUUGUUGAUAUGCAGCUUCUGGAACUUAAUAAACAUUUACCUGAAUGUAGUACCGAGUUACUUCUUUGUGUGACAUGUCUAAAUCCGAGUGAUAUGUUCACUGCUUAUGAUAAGAUAAAAUUAAUUCGUCUUGCAGAGUU